AUGGCAGUACAGACUUUACAAUCCACCCAUUCAUCGCUCCUCAUCAAGCCAUCUAUGACAAUUGAAGAGUCCAUCAGUGAACCCUUGGUAAAGCAAGUGGGUGUCGAGUGGUCGACAGAUUCCGUCAUCUUUCCCGAAAAGUUGGUACAAUCCGUGACAGCAUCCACAAAUGACUUUGCUAUGGUGCAGCAAGAUCCGUUUCGUGUAAUUUUGGUGGGUGCCUCUCAUCCCAACAAAGACGAUAUUCUUUCGUUGCUUUCUUCGGCAAUCAACUCGAAGCAUCAAGAAGCAGCAGCAGCAGCAGCAUCCACAACAGCAGGUCAUCGACAAGUUUUGGAGGCCGAUUUUACAUCCUCUUCUUCUCAAGAACAAGAGUUGGCCGAUUAUUUGGAUCGUAUCACAGAAAAGCGCAUUGAUCUUGUCAUUUACUUGUGUGAUCCAUCCAAUGACAAGCCUUUGCAUACAUUGAAUGACCGCUCGGAUACGGUGGUAUGGCCUUUGGUGUUGGAUGAAGCUUCCUUUGCGACUUCCAAGGAUUUGGCGACUCAUCUUGCCCGUCGUUUGGCAAAUAUCGCCAUCAUGGAUAUGAGAGAUGACAAGGAGGAAUGUUUGCCACAUGCUAUCUCGAUCAACGAGUUCCUGGCCAUGUCACCUAGCAGCGUAUACGAUAUGCUUCAGCAUUGUCCAUGUAGAAAGUUGUGUCAUAUUCAAGAGGAGCGACCCGUGAUCCAGGAAAUGAACAACAAGGAAGAGGAGACAAAGGAAAAGGUGGUAGCACAGCAACCAGAACAACAACAACAUGAACGCUCCAUCCAUGGCAACCAACAACCUCCUGCUACUCAAGUCAAGACCAAGAAAGGCGGCAAGUCGUUUUCUGGAAGCCUGCUGGCAUUAUUAGCCGUUGCUGUGGUUGGCGUUGCUUGGAAGACAUUGCAUCAUCACUCUCUCAAGACACUCAACUUUACAGCACCUCAUCCACCUAUGGGCUUGCGAUUGAAUCCAAUGUGGGAUGCUGUGGACCCAGAAACAUUGGAGCAUUUGUUUGUUGUUGAAUUGGAUACCAAGCAACCAGGAUCGUGGCACGAGCAGCAUUUGACAGUGACCGUACAAGGAGGUGGCGAUGAGUUGGUGUAUCCAAUGACCUAUGAACCUGGUACAGCAUUCCACUAUUCAGCCCUUGUACCAUCCCCAUGUCUUUUGGACCGUAACAAUGAUCUUGAUGCACACGUGGUGUGGCGGUACGACCAUGAUGAUGAAUCUUUGGGUAUGGUGGAGAAGGUGAUUGAUAGCGUGGUGCUCUCUACCAAAUCAUGUCAACCUGCAUACGAGAGAAAGCAGCAUGCCAACAACAAGGAAGAGCAACCACAACAAAAGCAAGAGGAGAAGAAGGAUCCAUUGGAUAAUGAGAAGGAUGGAAUGGAAGGAAAAAAGAAACCUGCUGUGGUACAACAAUCCAAGCAAAAAAGCACUGUUGCAGUAGUGCAAUCGGCCCUCCCUUUCCAAGUCGUCUGGAAAACGAUCGUGGACAACCUAAAGUCAAGAACACAAGGUGUAGCUCGCGUGGUCGUCACCUUUUGGCACUCUUUUGCGCAAUUUUGGCAAUAA